AUUUUGCUAAAUGGCAGCGUUUUAGAGGUAUCGGAUUUUGAUAUAUCGGUGGGUGGUUGUGGUCUGGUUUUGAAAGUAAUAACCACUUACAUAUCAGGCUCGACGUUGAUGACGUAUAUCUAUCAGUCGUCUGAUUUGGUAAUCGUGUACCACGCAAUGCACGUUAGUAUUUUCCGAGUCUAUUCCCCAGUCUAAGUAUGUUUAAAUUCAUUAUAUGCAAUGAAUUAUUAACCACAUAAAUCAUACGUCUAAGCCCAUUUUAUUCCUGUGUAAGCGGCUUGUAUCGCCUAGCGUGUAAACCAACCUAACAUAGACGUAUAUUGAUUGUAGUAAGUCUCAUGGUUUAUUAUUUAUUUUCCAGACAGGUCAUUUUAGCAAGAGAUCCCAGUCUGAUAACCUUUUUAACCCGCCCAUAAGUCUAGGUGGUUUGCAUCUGACACCGUGAAGUAUUUCAUCCAGAAAUUGGUAAGUAAAGGUUCUUAGAAUGUGAAUUUUAAAAACUAGGAACACUAAAUAGGCAUGUGUUUCAGUAGUCUGACCUAUGACCUAUCAAUUAAAUGUAAAAGUUUCCCAUAGGGACAAUAAACCAAAAUGACUUUCGCCACUGUGAUUUCGAAAAUAUAUCUUGAUUGAGAUAAAGUUGAUAUUGUAAAGAUUUUCACUGUAUGAUGUGGUUAUCAAUUGGUGAUCUUGGUGCUUGGUCAUCUAAGUCAUUAUUGGCCCAAAUCAUGACCAAGGCAUUCAUGUAGUUUAUCGUUAAUAGCAGCAAGUGUAGGUUACAACAAGCUAUUUGAGUGUAUUUAUUCAGUCUUCAACAUAAGCUUGUAGGUCCUUGGAAGAACUAUGGCCACCUUUAUGAAACAUCCAAACUACUUACGGUUAAUUGUAUGUCGAGUUAAACUGUCGCGCCACAUCAGACUAAAGUGGGCGAAACAAGAUUUUAACUUGCGAACCAAUGGUUGAAAGUUAACUGCUUUAACGAUUAAACUCUGCUUUAUGACACCGAAUUCCUCAAUACACAAACAUUUUUGGUUGAAAACUGACAACCUACGAAGGUCGUCCAUUUUCACUGGUUAUAUUUCUCAGGUGUAUAGCAAAAUGAUACAUACUACUCUCCGUUUGAUGGACAGUCAGACUUAUCUGUGUCAAAUAUGGUGCUAAUUAAUAAAAGACAAGCGAGAUUUUCGUAUGUGCCAAGAUUUUGUCAGUAAUUGAAGCACCAGGGAUGAUUAGACCUUCAAGAUGAUUAUUUCAGUCACAACGGUCAAACUGGGCAUUGAUACUGACCAAUUUUAAAGUUUUUGUAUAUAGGAAAAAAGACUCCAAGGGUUAUUACUUUGUUACUCAAGGCAUUUAGUUGACUCCAUUCUUAGUAUUGAACAGGGCUGCUGUCUCCAUAUACUAGGUCGAUAAGAGUACCAGCUGGUGAGAGAUCAUCGUACAAUCUAUUAUGGUCGCAGUUAAUUCUCAUCUUAGUACAUAGACAACAUAAAUUAUGUCUACAAUAAUUUAGUUCUGAACGUUAAGGUAUUUUUAAUGGUAAGGUUGUCCGUGUGAAUUUACGCUUAUUUGUGGUAAGUACAGUGUUCCUUCAUUCCGGUUGAGAUCAAGAUUAGUUUUGUCUAACAUCUGAUCAUAUUGUUUCUUCAAAUUAAUGGCUAUGCUCUGCUCUUAAAACCUCGCAACCCAUCGAAAAGUUCGUGUCCAAGUAAGCAACAUAAUGGUCCGUUCCACGUAAUCAUCAGGUUUAAUGUAGACAACAAAAUGUAACUGUUAUAUCCGAGUGAAGGUUAAUUUACGGGUAACUUCCGAGGACUAUUAAUGGACUAAUAUUCUUAUUGUAUAACUAUUCAAUAAUUAUUCUGUUAAGUUUAAUGGUGUCUUUGGACUUUAAAUGGACAUUUCCUAUUGGUCAAUAUUUGUUUCACUUGUCAAAUAUUGUACAAAUGUUGUUUUCUAUUUUAUGGUACGAUGUGGUCUGUUUGAUUGGUAUAUAAACAGAGUAUGUUUGAAAUACAUGAUUCGAUUCAUAUUGCGGAAGCUGGUAUUGUGUUUUGGACUCAAGUAGACGGGCUAGAAGGACCUAGGACUAAUAAGGCGCUAGACUGCCCACACCGGUUGAACGUUAUUGGUUGGCCUAGUGUGAAGAUUCGUAUAAGUCGUAUUCGGAUUGGUGAAUAAUUCGUGUGAUAGAAAAGCCAGACACCGAAGGUCAUAACAGUACCAGAAAUUUAUCCCAGUAUAUCAUAGCCCUUUCCUCAAAUGUUAACUAAUCUAUCUCUUAGCACUAAAUUUUCAAACAGAAUUUAAAGUAUGUUUACUAGCUAACAUAAUUUUCAUUGUUAAUUUAUUUUAAUGUUUUGACUCGUUCUAGAUAUGGGAUCUUCUGAAGCCAGCACACGUCGUCGAGUAAAGUUGUACAUGUUGAAUGAUGAACGACAAUGGGAUGAUAAGGGCACUGGUCACGUGUCAGCAUUGUAUACUGAGCAGGAGAACAUGGCUCUAGUAGUAAUUUCAGAGACAGAUGGGUCUUAUCUUCUUGAGUCAAAAAUACAGCCAGAUACAGCGUAUCAAAAGCAGCAAGAAACACUAAUUGUCUGGUCAGAAGGUGAAAAUAUGGAUUUAGCUCUAUCUUUCCAAGAAAAGGUUGGUUGUGAUGAUGUAUGGGAAAAAAUUUGUGCUGUACAGGGAAAGGAUCCAUCGGUAGAGAUUACUCAAGAGGUUGUUGACGAGUCAGAUGAUGUUGAUGACACAGAUGGGUAUACACCGACAAUGAUGCAAAGUAUUCAACCUCUUAGUCUUCCACCUUGUGAACUGAGCCGUCUUGAAGAAGUUGUUGACCUAGUUAGUCAAGCUGUCGCAUCACCUCCGAAACGCGAGCGAUUGGUGGCCUUUUUAGAGUCAACUAAUUAUCUCCAUCAGUUAGUCGAUGUCUUUCACAAGGCAGAAGAUCUGGAAGAUAUGGAAUCGUUGCAUCAUCUUUACGAAAUAAUGCGACAACUUAUAUUGGUAAACAAACAUAGCCUUUAUGAAAGUUUAUUCGCUGAUGAUAUGCUGUUGGAUGUGAUUGGUAUUUUGGAAUACAAUCCUUCUGGGCGCACUAAACAUCGUGAUUUUCUCAGAAAUAAGGCUACUUUCAAAGAAGUUUUGCCUUUGCAUAAUACAGAUUUAGUGACAAAAAUACAUCAAACAUAUCGCGUUCAGUACAUACAAGACUGCUGUCUCCCACCUCCUUGUCUAUUCGACGAACACACUCUUUCCCAACUUAAAGCAUUUGUUUCUAUAAACAAGAUGGAGAUUAUUCGGGCUCUUCAAGAAGAUGAAGAGUUUAUGUGCCGACUUUUUACACGUUUGAAAGCGGCGGAUACAGACCUAACUCAUCGCAGAGACCUAUCGCUCUUUGUAAAGGAAUUUUGUAAUAUUUCCAUCCAAACAGAUCAGAAAGAAAGUUUUCUCAGUUGUUUACUUCAACAUGGAGCACUAAGAACAGCUGAAGUACUCCUCGCAAUUGAUGAUCGAGAUAUAAAGUCAGCGGCUCUCGAGAUUCUCCAGGCAUUUAUUGAGCACCAGCCCUCUGUUGUGCGUGAAUAUGUCUUCAGAGAAACUGCUCCGUUCCGAAAAGACGAUGAAUUACUCAUUAAUCUUAUGAUAAGUCAAUUACUCACUGAUCCAGAUCCAGAACUUAGUGAUGCUUUCCUUUUGGGUUACAUGUUGCGCAUUCUUAUCGAUCCAGACAAUAUGAACAAUUCCGGUGUCCGUAGCGAAAAAACAGAUUUUCUCAGUUUUUUCUAUAAACGAUGCAUCAAUACACUUGUUCGUCCAUUAUUUGAUAAUACUUCAAAAGAUACACUGGAGAAGGAUGAUUAUCACACUGCAUUAGUUUUGAACCAUAUAAUUGAAUUGCUCACGUUCUGUAUUGAAACUCAUACAUACCACAUGAAGAAUUACUGCUUUAAUCGUGAUCUACUAAAACGUGUUCUCGUUUUAUUGCUAUCAUCUCAUAAAUUCCUUGUGUUAGCUGCUUUACGUCUUCUAAGACGUGUUGUCCAUAUGAAAGAAGAAUUUUAUAAUCGUUAUUUGAUCAAAAACAAUCUUUUUAAACCAGUUUUGAAGCUCUUCGUUUCCAACGGAUAUCGUUACAACCUGUUGGACUCAGCUAUUAUCGAACUUUUUGACUAUAUUCGCUCUGAAGAAAUAACUUCAUUAAUUACCCAUAUAAUAGAAAAUUAUUGGGAUAUUUUGAAAAAUAUAAAUUACGUACAAACGUUUACCGAUCUAAAACGAGCAUACGAUCACAGUCAUCGUUCAGUUAGGACUGUUGUUGGAACUGUGACCCAGCAAGCGACAUUAGAUGUGCUUUCUUUGACUUCUACGCGUUUCCAACGUGAUGCACGUGCACUAGAGAUGGAAGAAGAACAAUGGUUUGAUCAGGAUGAAGAUGAGGAAGAGGAAGAAGAUGGAGAUAACCUAUUCCCACAACACUCGCCAACAUUGCUCAAUAGAACGACAAAUGCUUCUGCUAGUGCAAGUGAACCUACUGUUGGAAGUGGUUUGUCAAAUCUCCCUUCAUAUGGGCUACAUUCUGUAAUCACUACUUCGUCAGAUUUAUUGGGUAUUGUUACGUCUUCAGAUACGCAAUCCAGUUUGGUUUCUUUAUCAUCCUCGGUCGCACCAAGCAAUUCUAGUCUUGAUUCAUGCGCUAGUGUUCUGCCUCAUCCACCCAGUUUUUCACCGAAAUCUGUAAUGGAUAAUUUAACUGACAAUUUAUGCAUACCUCCACGUUCAGGAUCUCUGUGCGAUAGACUUCGUGUACGUCCUCACACUGUUCUUUUGAAUGAUGAUAAUGAGUCUUCUGCAGCACGUCUUAAUUUUGGUCGUCAAACUCCUAUAGCGAUUCAUAUCAAAUCAUUGUGUAGAGAGAAAAUAGAAACAAUGAGUGAUGGAUUUGAAAUAAGUGGUCGAUUAAAUCCAUCUUUAUUAGCGUCAGAUACCAGUUUAUCAAGCACCAGAAAUCCUAACCAUAUUGAUGAUAAUGAAUAUAAAGAAAAUGUAACUGGUUCGAAUUCAAGUGAUGCACAAAACUCAUCAGUAUCAAGUCCCAUUAUGUCUGAUAUUUCCCAUAAAAUAAAGCGAAAUCAUAUCGAUCCUCCUGUUGAAAAUGAGGACUGCAAUUUAGUCCAGGUAAAACGUUUGAAAAAAUCUAGACAGUCAAGUAACAAGUCAUCAUCUCAAGAUUUUCACCUACACAAAGAAACAGUUAUCUUGGAAAACAGCUACUCUGACAAACUUCCUCAUGAGACAAAUAAUACAAAAUCAUUUGAGGUUAUAGAAGCUGAUCCAUUGUCUCCUAUUGGUUUGGUGGAUUAUUCAGAUGAAGAAAGUGAGGAAGAGGAACAAAUAAAAGACAAAAAUGACCACAUUCAAUUUGAAGAAAAUCAAACAUCAAAUAAUGACGUUGAUGGGUCUCAUCACAACAUAUCGGAUGUUUCAUCCAGUCAAGUGGUGACAGAUGUAGUCUAAAAUUGUACAAAGUUGUUAAGCAUCCAUUCCUUACUUUUUACAAAAGUGAUGAGACGUCGAAAUGAACCAUUUCUGUGCCUUUGUCUUACAACUUAAAGGAAUAUUUUUUUAACAAAAGUGAUUUCAUCAAUUUUGUUAAAACCACCAACCAUCCAGGUUGAGAUGCUUAAGACAUUGGCUAUGCCAGUGGUUCUUCGUCAUUUCUCCUUUAAUUUCCAUCUUCAGUAAAUGCGCCAAACUUCUAAUUUUUCCUGUCUAUUGCCCAGCGCGCAUUUUGUACAUAGAAACAUUGUAUUGAUUGACUGGGGGAUCUAAAAAUAAUUUUAUGUAGAGAAAUGUUUGUAUAACUAAUAGGCAUUUGCCUUUUGUAAAUGCGCUUUGUUUAAUAAUGUUUAUUGUAGACACCUCAAAUUGUUUCAGAUUUUUUUUUCUCAAUCCGUCAAUUGAAAUGAAUAUAUCAUAGCACAUGUCUUAAUACUUAAUUGAUAUGUGUAACGUCAGUCUGUGUUGAUAUGUUGAAUGGUCACUCGUUUGUUUUUCG